GAUUUGCAUUUCACUCAGUUUUGAUAGUGCUUUGCUUUAAUUUGGAUUAAUUUGUUGCGGCAAUCGUGCAAGAAAUGGCUUCCCCCCAGACAAUUCGCCGGCGCGGUUAUGGGUAUGCCAUUUUCGGCAUCAUUGGUACACUUACUAUGAUGGCAAUGACGGUGAAAGAUGUUGUUUCUGGUAAUCGUGAAAAUCCAAAUUCAGUAUUUUUUUACAUUGGAUUGUUUUGGUUCCUGUUGUAUCUUGCAUUAGCGUUUGGAAUUUAUCUGAAUAAAUCUAUUCCAGUGAUUCUACACAAAAAAUUCGUCUUGUGGAUCAUCGGAGCGGCUGCAAUAGGUGCUGUUAUUAAAAAUGUUGCAAUGAUCCUCAGAGGGGAAUCGAAAUUUGACUUAACUUACUUGGUCAUAUCGAUUCUGUUCUUAGGUCUUAUCUUACUAUUAAUUUGUAUCACGAACGGCGUUAUCGCAGUCAUACAGGAAGAACAGAAAGAGCAAAAGCAAAAUCGUCGCCGUCCAGAUGCGGUUGAAUGCGCUGAAAAUCAGCACAAGCAUCCCAACUAUGAGCUAGUUGACAGUGUUUAGUUGAUUAUUGCUUUACUCAAUAUUCACGUUUAUUAAAA